AUGCUGGGCUCAGUGAAGAUGGAGGCCCAUGACCUGGCGGAGUGGAGCUACUACCCAGAGGCUGGUGAGGUUUACUCUCCUGUGACCCCCGUGCCCACCAUGGCCCCCCUCAACUCCUACAUGACCCUGAACUCUCUGAGUUCUCCCUACCCACCCGGUGGACUCCCAGCCUCACCACUGCCCUCAGGCCCCCUGGCACCCGCAGCGCCCUCCGCACCUCUGGGGCCCACCUUCCCGGGCCUGGCCACAGGCAGUGGCAGUGGCGGCGGAGGAGGUGGUGGCAGCUCUGUGGCAUACGGGGGCAGCCCUGGCUCAGGAAUGGUGCACGGGAAGGAGCUGCCCAAAGGGUACCACCGGCGGCCCCUGGCACACGCCAAGCCACCCUAUUCCUACAUCUCGCUCAUCACCAUGGCCAUCCAGCAGGCGCCGGGCAAGAUGCUGACGCUGAGCGAGAUCUACCAGUGGAUCAUGGACCUCUUUCCUUAUUACCGGGAGAAUCAGCAGCGCUGGCAAAACUCCAUCCGCCACUCGCUCUCCUUCAACGACUGCUUCGUCAAGGUGGCGCGUUCCCCAGACAAGCCGGGCAAAGGCUCCUACUGGGCCCUGCACCCCAGCUCCGGCAACAUGUUCGAGAAUGGCUGCUACCUGCGCCGCCAGAAGCGCUUCAAGCUGGAGGAGAAGGCCAAGAAAGGCACCCCUGGCAGUGCUGCCUCUUCCGCCACCGCGGCCAGGAACGGCCCUAGCUCCACUGCCUCGGCAGCCACUGGGCCUGUGGCUGCUGCUGCUGCUCCAGCCAUCGCCUCACCACCCCAUCCCCAGCCUCCACCCGCUGAGCCUGAGGCCCACGCGGGUGGCAGUGAAGACGUGGGGGCUCUGGACUGCGGCUCACCAGCUCCCUCCACGCCCUACUUUGGCGGCCUGGAGCUCCCAGGGGAUUUGAAGCUAGACACACCUUACAACUUCAACCACCCCUUCUCCAUCAACAACCUCAUGUCGGAACAAACGUCGGCACCUCCCAAGCUGGACGUGGGGUUUGGGGGCUAUGGGGCUGAAGCUGCGGAGCACGGGGUCUAUUACCAAGGCCUUUACUCCCGCUCUCUGCUCAACGCCUCCUAG